CUGCAGUGUGUGACGUCAUGCGGGCGUGACUUAAGUUGUAUACCGCUUAAAGUUUGUGACUUUGUGUGCUAGAGAAUGUCAUGGUGUAUCUGCUGCUGUAGAAAUGGCUCUGAAGAGACGCGUUUUCUCGUGGAGUUCUCGUUUACAUGAAUCAACAGUUAAGUAAAGAUUAAACCGUUCCUGGAAUUGUAUGUACUUUAAUAGCAACCGUACGUGUGCUAACGGUACUCGGCUACAUGCAUGCUGUGGCUGAACUUCAGCCCGCUGCUUCGGCAUUGAAGCUCAUCCCAUGAUGAACUGCGCGACGUUCCCCAAGUACUCCUUGCUGGAUUUUUUCUUCACGCUCAUCGGCGUGUGCACGUUUCUGUUUGACGUGGGCUCGGAUCUGUGGGUGGCAAAGGAGUUCUACACGCAUGGAGAGUUCAUAUGGUGCGGGUUGUUUGUGGGCUUCAUGCUCAUAUCAUCCGUCGUCAUUCAGCUCUUCAGCUGGUUCUGGCUGCAGUAUGAUCGCGGAUUGAAGGACUUUGAGUCUCAAGCGUCCGCCGGGAACGUAGUUUUGUUCAGUGGAGCGAAAAGAGUAAAAUUGUUGCUUUUCCUGCAUGUGUGUCAGCUGGGCUUCUUUAUCAGGCACAUAUCAGCUAUCUGGCAGGGUUUUCGUGUGUGGUGGCGAAAGGGGUGUGGGUCUGAGUUUGCAGUUUAUCUGACCCAUGACCUCAGCAUGCUGCGGCUCAUUGAGACAUUCUGUGAGAGCGCACCACAGCUCACCCUCAUGAUGUACAUCAUGCUGCACAACGAUCACCCAAGACUGGUCCAAUAUGUGAGUGUGGGUGCUUCCACUACCUCUAUAGCCUGGAUGGUGGUGGAUUAUCAUCGGUCACUUCGUUCAUUUCUACCCGACAAAGACAAUCAAGGUUGGUUGUCAUCUGUGGUCUACUUCUUCUGGAACCUCUUUUUGAUUGGCCCACGUGUGGCUUCGGUUGCUCUCUUUGCCUCUGUGUUGCCCAACUUCAUCGCUGCUCACUUCCUGAUUCUGUGGCCUGUCUUUGUGGUGUGGGCCUGGAGGCAGGGCACCGAUUUCAUGGACAGCCCAGCGGGGGAACGGCUCUACCGGGCCACCAUAGGGCUCAUCUGGUACUUCAGCUGGUUUAACGUGGCUGAAGGAGACACCAGAGACAGGAGUCUGAUCUACCACAUAUUUAUAAUCACAGACACCAGCAUCCUGUUGACCACGUGGUGGUUCUACCGAGAUACAGAGACGACCCAGUCGUACGCCUUCAGUCUGAUAAUCUCCAUCCCGCUUUGUUAUGUCUUGGGCCUGUUGAUAAAAGUUCUCUACUAUUGCUGUUUUCACCCCAAACUGUGGCGGCCUGCAGAUUUGGGAAAAACUACAUAUGAUGUAACGGAUGGAGUGGAGCCGUCUGUGGAUGUUCAGGCUGACAGUGCUUCUGAUCACGCCAUUAACAAGAGGAUGAGCCGACAUGCUGCUAACUUCUACACAACAAACACCUCGUCUACAGUUAAAACAAAGGAAUGUGAAACAACUAAUGCAUCAGUACUAUAAUCUGUAAAAAUCAAUGGCAUUAGGUUUGUUUUACUUUAAUUACAGAUAUGUUAUUAUAUUUGUAAAUUCUUGUACAUAACGUUGUUACAAAUGAUGUUUUUGGAUAAUGUUCCUGUUAAUAUGAAGUCAUUAAAGUUAAAAUGAAAAUUGUCAUUAAUUACUCACCCUCAUGUUGUUCCAAUCCCAUAAGACCUUUGUUCAUCUUCGGAACACAAAUAAAGAUAUUUUUGAUGAAAUCUGAGAGCUCUCUGACCCUCCCAUAGACAGGAAGGAUAUAACCACGAUCAACGAACAGAAACAAAGUAAGGACAUUGGUAAAAUUGUUCAUGUGACAUCAGGGGUUCAAUCUUAUUUUCACUACAUUAAAUGACUCGCUGUUGUCAACACAGAUGUUUGAGGUAUUUUUAGAAGUUCAUGUAGUAUUGUAACAUUACCCAAUAGUGAAUAUACCCUUAAAGGUAAGUUAUGUAUUCAGUGUUUGAGGCUCGAGUUUCACUUUGAUGUUCGUCAUUUAUAUGGAAAUGCCCGCCAUAACCAGUCUGGAGAUAUUGGUUAGCUCUUUCAAACGUGUGUCUUGUCAUGCUAUGUGGAUGUAAACUAAUACAUCAUGGGUUACGAUGUUGCAUUACUGUUCUGUUCAGCAGUGAGGGACUUUUUGACAGGUCUCCACUGAACACUUUGUUGAUGUAUUAAACUCAGCCACACUA